AUGGUCCUUCUGUCACCUCGGACGGUCUUUCAGCCCUAUCUCAUAGAAGGCAAGACCUAUCCUCUAGAUUCAUACUCCAACACUCCUCCCUCUAUUCUCUCCAAAUUACCCCGUUCACUUCACACUCAACCCAAUCAUCCCAUUUCCAUACUUCGACAAAUAAUAGAAUCACAUUUCUCCACAUUCAAGUCUAUCAUACCCUCCUCUCCCGUCGUCACCGUUCAUGAAAACUUUGACGAAUUAGGUUUUCCCUCAGAUCAUCCCGGAAGAGCUCUCACAGACUCGUAUUACCUAAACAAGGAAUACAUGCUACGAACACAUACAAGCGCCCAUGAGGUUGGAACAUAUCGAAAAGAUUUAAAUUCAUGGUUACUCACUGCGGACGUUUAUCGACGAGAUGAAAUUGAUUCUUCUCAUUAUCCAGUCUUUCAUCAAAUGGAAGGAACUCAUAUUUGGCCUCAAGAUGAACUGGACGUGUUACCGGAAUUGAACAGGAAGUUGUCUAUGGAAUUGAAGAAAUGUCCACUUAUCAUUGAAGAUCCAACAAAGGUCGGACCUGAUAAUCCUUAUCAAUCAGAACAUGAUCCUGUUCAUGCGGCUGAAAUCACACAACACUUGAAACAUUCUCUGAAUUCUCUCAUAUUUCGACUUUUUGGACAAUCUGCGACUCAUGAGGGUGAGCCAUUAAGAGUGAGAUGGAUAGAAGCUUUCUUCCCUUUUACAACUCCAAGUUAUGAAGUGGAAGUCUGGUGGAAUGGAGAAUGGUUAGAAUUAUUAGGUUGUGGAGUUGUCAUGCAACGUACUUUAGAUCAAGCGAGAGUUGGUCAUAAAGCCGGUUGGGCAUUCGGAUUAGGUUUAGAAAGAAUAGCAAUGGUUUUAUUCGAUAUCCCUGACAUCCGACUUUUCUGGUCAACAGAUCCAAGAUUCAUCUCGCAAUUUUCUCCUGGACAAAUCACUCAGUUCAAACCUUACUCAAAAUAUCCACCGUGUUACAAAGACAUGUCAUUCUGGCUUCCUAUUUCGUCAGUCCCCGCAUCAUCAGAACAUGGGGCGGUCAGUGCCGGUGGCAGGAUACAAGAAGGGGAGAUGAGUGUGAAAAUGGACGAGAAUGGGGGAAAGGUAUUUCAUGAAAACGACUUUUGUGAGAUAGUGAGAGAUGUAGCUGGGGAUUUAGUAGAGACUGUAGAGUUGAUUGACGACUUUACGCAUCCUAAAACGGGACGACAGAGCAAAUGCUAUCGUCUCAACUAUCGAAGCAUGGAUCGUUCACUAAGUAAUGCAGAAGUCAAUGUACUGCAAGACCAAGUCCAACGUCGUGUCGUCCAAGAGAUGGGCAUCGAAAUGCGUUGA